AUGGCCCAUGCGAUUGCCGUCGAGAAGGGUUCCGGUGAUUUUCCGGCAAAACUCACCGGACAAGUAUUCCUUUGCUGCAUCGUUGCUGCCUUUGGUGGUUUCAUGUUUGGCUACGACAUUGGUAUUUCAGGUGGAGUGACAUCCAUGGAUGAUUUCCUGAAGAAGUUUUUUCCGACGGUUUACGUAAAAAAGCACGAGGCUAAGGAGGACAACUAUUGCAAGUACGAUAAUGAAUACUUGCAGCUGUUCACCUCUUCCUUGUACCUCGCCGCCAUGGUGUGCAGCUUGAUAGCGUCGAAGUGCUGCCGCCGUUUCGGCCGGAAACCUACCAUGCAAUUCGCCUCCCUCUUCUUCCUCAUCGGCGCUGUCCUCAACGCCGCCGCCAUGAAUCUUGGUAUGCUCAUUGCUGGCCGCAUUUGUCUCGGCGCCGGCGUUGGUUUUGGCAACCAGGCGGUGCCAUUGUUCAUAUCAGAGAUUGCUCCACCAAAGUACAGAGGAGCUCUCAACUGUAGCUUUCAACUGCUAAUCACCUUUGGCAUAUUGAUUGCGAAUCUGAUCAACUAUGGAACCUCUCGGAUGGUCGGAUACGGGUGGAGGAUUUCGCUGGGCGGAGCCGCGGUGCCGGCCCUCAUCCUCGGCUUCGGCUCUCUCCUCAUCCACGAGACUCCCACGAGCCUCAUCGAGCGCGGCAAGAAAGACGAAGGCCUAGCCGCUCUCAAGAAGAUCCGUGGCCUGGAAAACGUGGAGAGAGAGUACGACGAGAUCGUCCGCGCGACGGAGAUGGCGAACAAGAUCAAGCACCCGUUCAGGAACCUGAUGAAGCGGUCGAGCCGGCCCCAGCUCGUGUGCGGCACGCUCCUCGCCCUCUUCCAGCAGUUCACCGGCAUGAACGUGAUCAUGUUCUACGCGCCCGUCCUGUUCCAGACCGUCGGGUUCGGGGCCAACGCGUCGCUGCUGUCCGCCGUGAUCACCGGCUGCGUCAACGCCGUCUCCACCGUCGUCACCAUCCUCUUCGCCGACAGCUUCGGCCGGCGGUUUUUGCUCGUGGAAGGCGCCAUCCAGAUGCUGGCGGGGCAGUGCGUCGCGGGAGGGAUCCUGGCCGUUCAUCUGCAAUCCACUAACGCCAUCCCCGAGAAAUACGCGCACAUUCUGGUAAUCGUGGUGUGCGUGUUCGUUGCGGGUUUCGCGUGGUCGUGGGGCCCUCUAGGCUGGCUAAUCCCCAGCGAAAUAUUCCCCCUGGAGACCAGAACCGCCGGAUUCUUCUUCGCCGUGAGCACCAACAUGAUCUGCACCUUCAUCAUAGCUCAGGCGUUCCUGACGAUGAUGUGCCACAUGAAAUCCGCGACCUUCUUCUUCUUCGCCGUGUGGAUUGUGGUUAUGAUGUGCUUUACUAUAUUUUUCUUGCCGGAAACAAAGGGAAUCCCCAUAGAUGAGAUGAACGAGAGAGCUUGGAAGAAGCAUUGGUAUUGGAAGAAGUACUGCAUUGAAGAAGAUGAACAGAAAAAAUCUGGGGAUCAGGCUGAUGAAGAUCGGAGCGUCAUCAGCCAAUAG